UACAUAACACUGGCCACUGCAACAGUUUGUUUGUGCCACAAUAGCUGACAGUGGAAACCUGUUUUUGGAAAUGCUUGCACUUAUGAUUUUGCAAGAUGUCAUUCUCUGACUGGGUAUUCCAUGGAUUUGAAGAUGUGAAAUGAGUCACAUCGCUGGAGUUUUGAAUUCUGCCACCCCAUGGUCUUCUGGGGAGAGAACUGGACUCCACCAAAUUUUAUUUAUGCACCUUAUUUCAACCUAGCUAAAAGCAACACUGCUGCUGGAGAAAAAUGUAUUGUACCAGAAGGAAGCGACUGCAGCUGAGCCGAGUUCUUUUUCUCCUCUCUGGGGUUUUCCUCUGUACCGUCUACCAGCUGACCAUCAGCACUAGACUGUACGAGCCUUUGGCAAUGCCUCAAAUUGCACAGGAUAGUGGGGAAGGUUCAGCAGAGGGCGUUGAGGAGAUUGCAGAUCUGGGAAAGGCUCUAACUACAGCAUAUGAUUUAGAGCAAACUGAGCAAACAAACACAACGUAUGAUGUCCAUAAUGCAACUACAACUUCAGUAUCCACAACAUCUACCACUACUGAAUCGCCAUUAUUGCCAACAACAAAUCGGACUCUUGUGCAUUGCAUCUAUGUGGCACCUGAACUUCCGGAGACACCCACGCCAGCUCCUCCUACAACUACCGUCCCACCAGCCUUUCCGGGUGAAGCGCCACAUAUGAAGGGUGAUUACCCAGAGGACAUUUUUUCAAUCGAAGAUCGCAGACGUGGCUGGGUGAUCCUUCACAUUAUUGGGAUGAUGUACAUGUUUGUGUCACUUGCAAUUGUGUGUGAUGAGUUUUUUGUUCCUGCUCUCGGGGUAAUCACAAACAAGUUGGCAAUCUCUGAGGAUGUGGCUGGAGCCACCUUCAUGGCCGCCGGAGGUUCUGCCCCUGAGCUUUUUACCUCUUUGAUAGGAGUCUUCAUUGCCCACAGCAACGUGGGUAUUGGCACAAUUGUGGGCUCAGCAGUUUUCAACAUUUUGUUUGUGAUUGGAAUGUGUGCUUUGUUUUCUCGGGAGAUUCUCCAUCUGACCUGGUGGCCUCUAUUCAGAGAUGUGUCAUUCUACAUACUUGGCCUCAUCUUUCUAAUUAUCUUCUUCCUGGAUAAUGUCAUAAUGUGGUGGGAGAGCAUGAUGCUGGUGGCUUGUUACACUGUCUAUGUCAUUUUCAUGAAGUUUAAUGUGCAAAUAGAGCGAGCAUUCAAGACCCAACUCCACAAACACAAGAGCAUUGUCAAAGUUAUUGCUGUAGAGGAACCUGACAAGACUAAUGGGAACGGUGAGGAUAAUGCCCCUCCUGCUCCAGAGGACAAGAAUCGUUUAAAGUUGAAGCCAUCCCUUCAGCGAGGGGGUAGUUCUGCUUCUUUACACAACAGCACAAUGAGAAACACCAUCUUCCAACUCAUGAUUCAUACAUUAGACCCUAUAGGUAAUGGAAAAUUUAAGGAGAAAGCUGAAACUCUGAACAGCGUGGCAAGAAAGAAAUCAGACGCCAAAGACAAAAGUGAAGAUGGUGGGGAAAAAACUGAGCAGAGCAAAGAGCCAGAACCAACUCCAGCUGCAGAAGAAGAAAAGAAGGAGCAGCCAGAGGACAAGAAGGUACUCUCCAACCAUGUCCUGGUGGCUUUCAAAAAGCCCAGAAGUCAGUCUUUGAUUCCUGUCUAUGAAGAUGUACCAGCAAAAGAUGAUGGGUCAGAAGAGUCAGACGACUCUGAGAGCGACGAAGAGGACAGCGAUGAUGAAAGUGAUGAGUCCAGUGAAGAUGAGGAUGAUGAUGAGGAUGAAGACGAAGAAGAAGAUGAAAAAGACGAUGAACCUCUGUCUUUAGAAUGGCCAGAUACACGUCGAAAGCAAGCAACCUACCUCUUCCUGUUGCCCAUAGUUUUCCCUCUGUGGCUUACCGUCCCAGAUGUUCGCAACCCGAAAUCCAGAAAAUUCUUUGUUGUCACCUUCCUGGGCUCUAUUCUGUGGAUUGCUAUCUUCUCGUACCUCAUGGUGUGGUGGGCCCAUCAGGUGGGUGAGACUAUUGGCAUCUCAGAGGAAAUUAUGGGCCUGACUAUCCUGGCUGCGGGGACCUCCAUCCCUGACCUCAUUACCAGUGUGAUUGUGGCUCGUAAAGGCCUGGGAGACAUGGCUGUGUCUAGCUCUGUGGGCAGUAACAUCUUUGACAUCACUGUGGGUCUCCCAGUCCCUUGGCUCCUGUACUCAGCCAUCCAUAGUUUUGGUCCAGUGGCUGUCAGCAGCAAUGGGCUCUUUUGUGCCAUUGUGCUGCUCUUCCUCAUGCUCCUCUUUGUCAUCAUCUCCAUUGCUUCCUGUAAAUGGAAGAUGAAUAAGGUGCUGGGUUUCACCAUGUUCCUCCUCUACUUCAUCUUCUUGGUGCUCAGUGUUAUGUUGGAAGAUCGUAUCAUCAUCUGCCCAGUUUCCAUCUAAUUCUUUCUGCUGAACUGUUAACCUUUUUGGGAAAGGAUCUCACGAGCAUAGACCUGGAUAUCUAUAGGAAACAUUCAGAAAGCUACGUGCUCUGCAUUGUUACCAGUGAAGUGUCUGGUAUGUCAGCAGCAAUAAAGCGUUUUCUAGAACCUGAUACUCACUUAUAGAAAUGAUGGCAGCUUUUAAAUUGAUUUUCAUAGUACACGGGGAGAUGCAUGACUACUAUCUAAUACAGUGUAGAUUUUGCGGUGUAAGACCUAACAGAGAUGUUAAUGGGUUUUUUAUGCACUGUCUAUGAAAUGCAAGUAAAAGUGUUAGUUUGUGGACACAUUUUGAAAAAUGUGGGCUACUAAAUGUGUAUUUUGUAUCAUCGUAAGUAAAUGAUUUUGUAAGAAUCAUGAUAGAGACCCUGAGCUUGCUUGAACUUUUUUUUUCAAAAAUCAUGAAAAAUCAUUGAAAAAAUAAAAAAUAAAUCAAACACGA